AUGGCCAAGAAAGUUAGUUCCAGCCGUUCCUUUUGGCAAGAUAUCAAGGCCGCUUCCACUAUCAUUGCUGUCAUGGCUACCCAAGACCUCAUUGUCCCUGGUGCAUCGCAUCUGCAACUUUCCCCGACUCUGGCAAUCAAUGAAGCAGUCGAAUCUGUUCAAGCACAAGGCAAAAAGGUUGUUCAUCUUGGGUUUGGAGAAGCGACCUUUCCGAUCCAGAAGGAUGUUUUGGAGAUUCAUGAGCACUACUCCAGGUCAACUAGCUAUAUGCCGGUAGCUGGCCUCAUGUCUCUGCGGCAG